UCGGUAUACGUGUUACGUAAAUAUUAUUACGGCGGGAAACAAAGUUGUGACUCGACUCGAAAUUUGACAGGAUCGCGUAGAAAGUUCUUUUUUCGCUUCGUCCAGCAGGCGAAAAAUUAAUUCAAUGUCGGUAACGGCUACGGCAACUACUGCGUCUAUCCAGGGCGACGAGGAUUUAGAAGAGUUUAAUCCACAGGCGAAACUGAUAAAGGCUAUAGAAGGUAAUGGCAUUACGGCGGGUGAUGUUAAAAAACUGCAGGAAGCGGGUUACUACACUGUCGAGUCAGUGGCGUACACGCCAAAGAAGCAGCUCACCACGAUAAAAGGGCUGAGCGAGGCAAAGGUAGAGAAAAUACUGGAUGCUGCGUACAAGAUGGUGGUGAUGGGCUUUAAGACUGCAACCGAGAUCCAUCAGUACAGGGCGAACACUGUGUAUCUAACGACAGGAUCCGCGGAACUGGACAGGCUCCUGGGUGGAGGGAUUGAGACGGGUUCGAUAACCGAAAUAUUCGGGGAAUUCCGAACAGGCAAGACACAGAUAUGUCAUACGCUUGCGGUCAACUGCCAGUUGCCAGUAGACAUGGGCGGUGGGGAAGGAAAGUGCCUUUACAUCGAUACGGAGGGCACGUUUCGUCCUGAGAGGAUAAUCGCAGUAGCUGAACGGUACAAGAUCAGCUCCGAGUCUGUUUUGGACAAUGUCGCCUGUGCCAGAGCCUUCAAUACCGACCACCAGACACAGCUGCUCAUUCAAGCUUCUGCGAUGAUGACAGAGUCUCGAUACGCACUGCUAAUUGUCGACAGCGCCACAGGUCUCUAUAGAACGGACUAUUCGGGUAGGGGGGAAUUGUCCGCCAGACAAAUGCACCUUGCUAGGUUUCUAAGGAUGCUUCUGAGAAUUGCCGACGAGCACGGCGUAGCAGUCGUAAUAACGAACCAGGUUGUCGCCCAGGUCGACGGUGCGGCCAGUAUGUUUGGCGGUGAUCAGAAGAAGCCCAUCGGCGGUAACAUCAUCGCUCACGCCAGUACCACAAGAUUGUACUUGAGGAAGGGCAGGGGCGAGACUAGAGUUUGCAAAAUAUAUGACUCGCCCUGUCUUCCCGAGAGCGAAGCUAUGUUUUCUAUAAAUUCGGACGGCAUUGGGGACGCUAAAGAAUAAUUUUGAUAACGAGUUGACAAAGUUUUGUGAUACGAUAUACUAUAUAGGAUAAUAUAACUCUAAGGUAAAAGAUUUAAUAUUUUUAUAUAUGAGAACGUAUUUCUAUCAUAGAUUGUAAUGUUUAAUUUAUCAGUAAUCGUUAAGCAAUUUAAUUACGUUAUAUAAAUAAAUAAAUGAAUAAUUCCCCUUGUGUAAAAAUUGUUUGAUGGGCAGUAAUUUAAAAUGUGUAUUAUCAAUUAACAAAGAAA